GUGGCGCCAGUCAUUCUGAUUUGAACAAGCGGACAAGAAAGCAAACUAUUCGGUGCGACAGCACUGCGACUACAGCGACUGCAAAAUCUGCGUUUUUUCGACUGCAAUUCUAACUGUGUGAAGAAGAAUCUAUCGCGAUGUCUCUACUACCAUACGUGUUGGGCUACAACUACCCUCGCCGCCUGCUGGACCAGGACUUCGGUCUGGCGCUGACUCCGGACGACCUUCUGACCGUGGUGGCGGCGCCCAUGAUGUCGGCGGACUACUACCGGCCCUGGAGGCAGCUGGCCGCGGCCGCGAGGGACGUCGGCUCCACCAUCAAGGCCGACAAGGACAAGUUCCAAGUGAACCUGGACGUGCAGCACUUCUCUCCGGACGAGAUCUCGGUGAAGACUGCGGACGGGUACGUCGUGGUCGAGGGCAGGCACGAGGAGAAGAAGGACGAGCACGGCUACAUCUCCCGCCAGUUCAGCCGGCGCUACGCCCUCCCUGAAGGCUGCAAGCCGGAGGCGGUGGAGUCCCGGCUGUCUUCUGACGGCGUGCUGACCAUCGUGGCGCCAAGGAAGUGCCCGGAUGCCAUCAAGGGUGAGCGCGCGGUGCCCAUCGCGCAGACCGGACCCGUCAGGAAGGAGAUCACCGACAACACCAACGAAAAGUCUGCCCAGAAUGGAUCGAAGUAAUUCCUCGCCAGAUCUGUAACGCUUAUCAACUACCUACAUUCAACACCAAAAAUGUUAUGUUUGUAGUUUACUGUGAUUCACUGUACAUAAGACUGCUGUUUUGUAUUAUUAAUUCUAUUUAGGCUAAUUUAAAAUAAUAAACUCAACAAAACUUAA